AUGCACCUCCUGCUGACAUAUGCCCCUCCGGCACCCCAUGCACCUCCUGCUGACAUAUGCCCCUCCGGCACCCCAUGCACCUCCUGCUCCCCUUCCCCUCCCUUUCAUGCGCCUAUGCCCGCCAUGCCUUCCCCCUGCGCACACUGGCAGGUGAUAGACGCGUGUCGCAAGGGCAACUUCUCGCGCUUUCUCAACCACAGCUGCGAGCCUAACUGCUGCCUUGAGAAGUGGAUGGUGCGGGGCGAGUUGCGCAUUGGACUCUUCUCCCUGCGCCCCAUCAAAGCGGGCGACGAGCUAUCAUUCGACUACAACUACGAGCGCUUUGGCGAGGAGCUGUCAUUUGACUACAAUUACGAGCGCUUUGUGGGGGCGCGCCCCACGCGCUGCUACUGCGGCAGCCAGGCCUGCCGCGGCGUGCUGGGCGGGGCCGAGCUGAAGAAGCCACGCGUGCGCCCUGCUGUGCAGCGAGCUGUGGCCGAGGAGGUGGAGGAGGAGGAGGAAGAGGAGGAGGAGGAGGAAGAAGUCGGAGGGAGAGAAGGGGAGGGGAGGGAGGGGCAGCAGAUGGUGAUUAGUGAGAGGGGGAUUGGGCUGGGCAGGGAGUGUGAGGCGGAGGAGGAGGGAUCCGAGAGUGAGAGUGAUGAUGGGAGUGAGAGUGAGAGUGGGAGUGAGGGUGAGAGUGAGAGUGAGUCUGGGAGCGAGAGUGAGUGGGAGGAGGUGUACGGGUCAGGGGAGGGGAGUGAAGAGGAGGGAGCAGAGGAGUACGGGUGCAGGCGAGAGGGCAUGCAUAUGGGUGAAGGGGGAAGGGUUGGAGAGGAGGGAAGAGAGGGCAGUGGCGGAGGGAGAGGGGCGGGUGCGCGCCUGGCAUGGGAGGGCAAGCGGGCAAGGUCCCGCCUGGCCCUCCCUCACCCCAGGUCGCUUCGCCCUGCGCCCUCCCCCUGGCUCCUCUCCUCCCCGCGCUCCCCCCCCGCCCAUGCGCGCCCCCUCCCAUCCCCCUCUGCGCGCCCUGGGUUACCCCAGGGAGGGGCGGCUGCAGGGCGCGAGGGGAGGGGCGUGCAGGGGGGGGCGGGAGGGGUGGGGGCAACACAUGGCCGGGGGACGCAGCAGGGGGAGAAGGAGGGGCGGGGCGGGGAGGGCGAGGGGGAGGGGGAGCGGGUGUGGUUCGAACGGGGCGAAGGGGAGGGGGAUGGGGAUGGGGAAGGGGAGGGGGAGGGGGAAGCAUGUGUGGAGGACGGGGAGGGGGGCAUGCGGCAUGCCAAGAGGCGGAGGCUGCGGAAGGUGGCAGGUCUGGGGGAGAGGGUGUGGCGGCAGGGUGGGGAGAGGGGCGCGGACAGAGAGGAGGGGCACAGGGAGGCGUGGGGAGGCGAGGAGAGCGGGGCACAUGGGCAUGGGUUUGACCUGACGGCGGAGGCAGCAGGGGGGGGCGGGGGGGCGGGGGAGGUGCAGGCGGCACCGGCGGAGUAUGUGGUGGCGGCGUGCCAGGGGGUGCUCUUCCACUCCGAUGUGGAGGAGGCGUUGGAGCUGCUACUGGAUGGCAAUGAUGCGCUCAUCAAGGGCAAGAGCACGGCGCGUUCCUUUGUGCGGCUGUUAAUGCGAGCCACCUCCUGUGGCGACUUCUCCUCGGGCGUCCCCAACUUCAGUGCAAAGGAGGUGUCGCUGCUGCUGGAGGCACUGCUGCGCACAUCAUCAAGAACACUCCUCAAGCACAUCAUCGCCACCAACGGGCUGAACGUGCUGCAGAUAUUGGGGCGCAAGCUGCAGCACGAGAGGGAGCGAGUGGCCAUUCUGAGGAAGCUGCUGCGAGUGGCACACCACCUGCACGCCACUGCCGCUCUCUCCCUGCAGGCCGCUCAUGCCGUCCCCCCCACCGCCAAUGAGAGACCCCCUGCUCACGUCCAUUCUUACGUCCAUUCUCAUGCUGCCCCACCACCACUCCCUUUUCUGCCCUCAACCACGCAUCACUCUUCCCCCGGGCCUUGCCUUUGCCUCCCAUGUCCCACAUGCACACUCCCCCCUUCCCCCAUCAGCUUCUCUGCGCUAAUUGGCCGGCUGCACAGGCACAGGGACACGGAGGUGCAGCGCCUGAGCGCUGCUCUCUCCCACUCACCACACACCUUCCCCACCCCUCCUCCCCCCAACACACUUCCCCCCUACCCCCCACAGCUUCUCUGCGCUCAUUGGCCGGCUGCGCAGGCACAGGGACGUGGAGCGUCUGCUGCAGCAGCCGUGGCAGCAGCAGCGGCGGCGGCGGCAGCAGCUGUGGCCAGAAGCCCCAUUGCCACAGCAGGAGCAGCUGGUGCUGCUUCACAGCUACCCCAGCGGCACACCUCCUCCCUGGCAGAAGCUGCUGCUGCUGGGACCUGUUCCUCCGCUCCCUCUCACCCUUCUCCUGCUGCGGCUGCUUCAGCCUCUCCCUCUGGCCCUGCUACUUCGCAUCCCACUGCCCCCUCCUCUGCUGCUGCUGAUUCCGCCGCUGCGGCGGCCGCAGCAGCAGCAGCAGCAGCCAGCAUGCCUCUGCUCGCACACACCCUCCGCCACCUGCAAUCACUGCCGCACCUGCAGACCCUACCGCACCUGCAGUCGCUCUCACUUCCUCUCAGCAUGAAUCUCGCUCUUGGGGGGAACCUGGGCAUGGGGAUGGGCAUGGCAGCAGCUGACGCCCCACCUGUCCCAGCAGCAGGGCACCCCCUGCCUCCUGCUGCCCACCCCCUGCCUGCUGCUGCACACCCGUCACACUUCUCAGCGGCGACCACAGCAGCUGCAGCAGCAGCCGUGCAGCACAUGAUGCAGAGGCGCCUCUCCCUCGCCCUCUCCCAUGCAGUCUCCCAAGCCAACGCCGUCUCCCAAGCCAACGCCGCCGCUGCUGCUGCCGCCUCAACUGCUGCCAAACCUCCCGCCCCUUUCCACCCACAUGCCCCCUCCGCUGCCCCCUCUGCCUCUGCCCCGCCUGCUGCUCCCGUGCCCGCUUCCCCCACUGCUGUGCCACAUGCUGUUUCACCCCUUGCAACUCCUCCCUCCUCUCCCACCCCGCUCCCUGCCUCGCUGCCUGCUGGUCACCCAGUUCCUGCUGCUGCUUCCUCGCCCACGCCCCCUCCCCCCUCUCCCAAGCUCUCUUCCCACCGUGCCACUCAUUAUGCCCCCCAGCAUGCCCCUCCCCACAUCUGCCAGCCUCACACAGCGCCGUUUACCAGCCCUGAACGCUGCCCUGCACCUGCUGCCUGCUCUGCUGCCUCCAAGGGGGCGAAGAGGCAGCAGGCGUGGAGGAACGCGGGAGGGGAGAAGGAAAUGGAAAAGGGGAGGGAAAAGGAGGGGGAGAAGGGAGGGCAGAAGGGAGGAGAGGGCCAGGCGAGUGUGGAUGGACUGGGCAAGGAUGUCCCAGAGCCUGCAUUGCCAGUUGCGGCUGCUGAUGCCCCUCUUCCUGCCCAUACUGCUGCUGCUGCUGCUGCUGCUGCUGCUGCUGCUGCUGCUGCUGACGCAGCGAGUGGAGAAGAGGGGCGAAGGAUGGGAGGGUCAGCAGCACCAGCAGCAGCACCCUUGCCCACACACCAACCACCACCCUCGUUCCCUGCUGUUGUUGAAUCGUCUCAAAGGUCACCCUCGUCCCCUGCUGCCCUGCACACAGCGCCUGUAACGGGCAGUGCGGGCAGCACAUGGCAUGGUGCCGUGGCACAUGCAGCAGCAUCAGGUGCAGCAUGCAGUGUGGUACCCCAUGCCACGUGGCAUACUGCUGCACCGGCAGCCAGCCAUGCCAGCCAUGCCAGCCAUUCCACCGCCCUCCCGUUCGCCUGCGCUGCAUCUGCUGCUGCGGCUUGUGUCAAGGUGGAAGGCAGCGCGGCAGCACCUGAGGCAGCGCAUGGAAGGCGGGGAGCAUUACGUGCAGCAUGCAAUGUGCUACCCCAUGCCACCGCCCUCCCGUUCGCCUGCGCUGCAUCUGCUGCUGCGGCUUGUGUCAAGGCGGAAGGCAGUGCGGCAGCAGCAGAGGCAGGGCAUGGAAGGCGGGGAGUGGAGGGCAUGGGGGGGACGUGGAGGGAAGAUGCGCAGGUGGCAGGGGCGCAGGCUGCAGAGGCAGGGGUUGCAGGGGCAGGUGGUGCAGCAUGGGGAGCAGGGGCGCAUGGUGAAGGGCGUGUGGCGGCAGGCAUGGGUGCAGGUGACGCAACUGCAGGGAGCAGGGCAGUGGUGGCAGCAGCAUGGGCAGGUGGUGCUGGUGGGUUGGCUGCGGUGCCCGGGUGUGAAGCAGUGUCGGCUCGUGCUGCACCUGUGCCGCCCCGGCCUCUGUUCAAGUGGGUGGUGAAGGAAAUCCCUGUGCAUGCUGAUUUGCAUGCUGAUGUGCAUGAGAAUGUGCAUGCGGACGGACAUGCGGACACUCAUGAGGCCGUGCAUGGGGAUGUGCAGGCAGGUGAUAUGGCUGGUGCUGUUGUAAAUGGGGGCAGUGGGGGCAUGGGUGGUGGGGCACUGGGUGGUGGGGCAAUCGGUGGUGCAGGUAUGGGCGGUGCAGGUAUGGGCGGUGCAGGCAUGAGCGGUGCAGGCAUGGGCGGUGCAGGCAUGGGCGGUGCAGGCAUGAGCGGUGCAGGCAUGGGCGGUGCAGGCAUGGGCGGUGCAGGCAUGAGCGGUGCAGGCAUGGGCGGUGCAGGCAUGAGCGGUGCAGGCAUGGGUGGUGGGGAGAGAACACGAGAGGGGCUGGGAAGUGUUGGAAUGGCGUGGGGCGGGGAAGUGGGGUGGGGGGGGAGAGUGGGCGGAAUGGGGACUUGGGGAGGAGCACAGGGGCUGGCGGCAUAUGGUAUGGCGUAUGACAUGGCACAUGGCAUGGCAUCAGCACAGCAGGCAGCAGCGCAGCAAGCACUGGGGCAGGCAGCAGCACAGCUAGCACCGGGGCUACAGGCAGGGGUGCAGCAGCAGGGAGCGGGGCAGCAGCAGUGGUACGAAGCAUGCAUGCAUGGGCAUGGGGCAGCAGGGGUGGUGGCAGGGCGAGCCAUGGGAUACGCACAGGCAGCGAUGCCAUGGGCUGUGCAGCACGGCGGGUGGUGGCCUGCUGCUAGAGCCCACCCCGUGCUGGCGGCAGGGGGGGCGGGGGAGGAGGAAAAGGCAGCUUCACAUGGGCCUGACGCUGUAGGGGUUGCUCCUGUUGCCAACAAGACAACUGAGACUGCUCACACCGUUGACAUGACUGACAAGCCCAAGGAUUCGACUGACGCGACAUCAGGACGGAUUGAUGUGAAGGUAGAGUGUACGGACACUACACCGGGCUUUACUGACAUAGGACCACAGUACACUGACAUGACACUUGAUUUGACUGACAUGAAACCAGAUCUUAUUGAUAUGGAACUGGUUUCAGAUGAGUUGACUAACAUAGUGCUGACAGCCACUGACGUGAAACCAAUAUGUGCUGAGAUGAAACCAGCUGCUGAUGUGUCAAUGGCAGCUGCUGACGUAAAACUGAUAGCUGCUGACUUGAAGCCGAUGGCUUCUGACCUAGCUGGACAGAAGUCAGUACCACCUGGAACCGUUGACAUGGCUACGGGGCCAUGCAGCGCGGACGCCACAGCACAGCGAGAGCACAGCCUGACUGACACGACCUGCUCCUUGCCCCACCAGCACAUGCCUGUUGAGGCGCCUCAAAAGUCCUUGCCGCAGCAGCAUAUGGCCCCAUCCGUGGAGACUAAGGCGGAGGUUGUGGCAGUGCUUGGGCAGGGUUGGCAGAGCUGCCCGCCUGUGGACCCUCCUUUGAGCCGCGUGCAGCAGCAGGGGGGCGAAUUGGAAGAACACAGGAGGCAGUGCCUGCAGGGGCAGCGGCAGCCGCAGCAAAAACAGCAGUUGGUGGAGCAGCCGAGGGAGGAGGAAGAGCAGGAGAAGCAGAAGCAGGAGCGUGUGAGAGGCGGACGUGUAAAGGAGGAGUGCGAGAGGGGGAGGGGGUCAGGCGUGGAUGGCGAGGGGAAGAGGCGGGCAGAGGCAAGGCGGGCAGAGGCAAGGCGGGCUCCCAGGGGCGAACUGCAUGGAGGGGCGGCCACGGCACACAGGGAGGCGAGGUGUGGGGCGCUGGAGAGGGGGAGGAGGGAGGUGGUGGAUCAGGGGAGCAAGGAUGCGUUGCAGGGGGAGGAGCAGGGUCCAGUGCAGGUGAAGGCUGGAGGGGGAGAGAAAGGGGUUGGGGAUGUCGUGGGGCGCAGCGGGGCACAUGCAGGUGUGGUGGACGCGAAGGGAGGUUUGGCGGACGCGAAGGGUGGUUUGGCAGACACGAAGGGAGGUUCGGCCGGCGCGAAGGGAAGUACGGCAGACGUGAAGAGAGGUGCGGCGGAUGCGAAGGGAGGUGCGGCGGCCGCGAAGGGAGGCUUAACAGACGCAAAGGGAGGUUCGGCAGACGCGAAGGGAGGUGUGGCAGAUGCAAAGGGAGGUUUGGCAGGCACAAAGGGAUGUUUGGCAGACGGGAAGGGAGGUUCGGCAGACACGAAGGGAGGUUUGGCAGACGCGAAGGGAGGUUUGGCAGGCACAAAGGGAUGUUUGGCAGACGGGAAGGGAGGUUCGGCAGACACGAAGGGAGGUCUGGCAGACGCGAAGGGAGGUUUGGCAGAGGCGAAGGGAGGUUCGGCGGUCACGAGAGGAAGGAAGGUGCACGGAGGAGCAGGCAAGGCGCAGGAGAGGCUGAGGCGGUGGCAGCUGCUGCAGCAGCAGCAGCAGCAGGCAGCGCAAGCGGGAAAGCAGGAUGGGGCGGUGGGGCAGGGCAAGGGGGAUAUGCAGAGGGCGGGUGAGAAGGCGGGUGGUGGAGAGGAAGGCGCAGAGGGCGCAGACGUGGCAGCAAAGUCACUCUUUCAGGGGAGAGAUGGGGCAAGGAAGGGAGACGGUGCAAAGGGGGAAGAGGAUGGCAAGGAGGGAGAGGGCGCAAAAAGGGGAGAGCAUGCAAAAAAGGGAGAGGAUGCAAGAAGAGAAGUCGCAAACAGGGAAGAAGGUGCAGAAAGGGGAGAGGAUGCGAGAGGAGAAAGGGAACAGGUGGAAAGGAAGCAGGAGGGGAGGGUGGGCAUGGAUGGUGGGGUUGAGAAGCAGUGGGGCCUCCAGCAUGCGGAUUCUGGGUGCCAUGCAGUCGAAGCCCUCUCCGCUGCUGCUGCUGUUGCACCACCCGCUGCUGCUUUCCCCGCUGCUGCUUUCCCCGCUGCUGCAGCAUCCCCUGCUGUUGCUGAUGCUGGUGCGGGCAGUAGUAGCACCCAUGGUGGCGCCGGCAGUGCUAAUGGGCCGCCAGCAGCACAGCUGCAAGCACUGUCAAUCACAUGCCCUCAACUACCCUCAAUCACUGCCCCUCAACCCCUCUCAGAGACUGCCCCUACACCCCCGUCAGCCACUGCCCCUCAACCCCUGUCAAGCACUGCCACUCAAACCCCGUCAGCCACUGCCCCUCAAUCCCACCCUUUGCCUCUCUCCCACCCACACCCUGCCGCCUCCCACCCCGUGUCAGCCCCUCCUCACGUUCUCUCGCCAUCGCCCCAUCUCUUGCCCUCAUCCUCCCCCAUGCCCCCCCACGCCUCCUCUCCCACUCCCCCUUCCCCGCUCCCCUCCCUGCCUCUCUCCCAGCCCUCCUACCCGUCACCCUCCCCCGCUCCCCAUGUCCCCUCCGCGGCCUCCCUCACGCCCUCCUCUUGGCCGUCUCCUGCUGCUCCUCUCCCGCCCACCGCACUCCCAUCUCGUCCCGCGUUCAAGCUCAAGUGGAACGUGCGAGUCAUCCCUGCUGAUGCGCCCCCCGCUGCUGCUGCUGACGCCCCCUCUUUUCUCGCUGCACAUGCUGCUCCUUUUGCUCAUCCUGCUAUAGCACAUGCUUCUCCGUUUACUCACGCUGCCAGCUCAGCUCAUGCUGCCAGCUCAGCUCAUGCUGCCAGCUCAGCGAUGCCUCACAGCCUGCAGGCAGGUGGUGCAGCAACAGGGGAAGCAGCAGGAGGGUGUGUGUCACAGUGGAAGGACGAGGGGAACGGGUGGCAGAGCGAGGGGCAUGGGAGACAGGGCGAGGGGCAUAGGAGGCAGAGCGAGGGGCAUCAAAGGCAGGGCGAGGAGCAUGGAAGUCAGCAGCAACAUGUGCAGGCACAGGCAGGCCUGUAUGGAACGUCAGCACCGUUGCCGUACCCGCCAACCCUUCUGCUGAACCAUCCACUCACAGCCUGCCACGUGGCACUCCUGGUUUCCCCAGUGCUGCAGAAGCUUCAGUGCAUCCCGUGCCACAUGCUGCUGCCUCGCCUCUCCCACCACCCUCCAUCCCGUUCGCUCACCCAUCAUCCCCUCUCCGCUCCUCUCCUCCUCCCCCCCCCUCCCCCCCUCUCCCCAGCAUCAGUCCGACCUGCACCAGAAGCCACCUGCCCCUCCCUAUCUACCAACCCCCCUUCCAAUCCACAGGACACCCCACCCCCUUCUGGCAUCCCCCUCUGUGCGCGGGAGGCCGGCGGGUCAGGGGGACAUGAAGAGAUGGGGCAUGUGGAGGUGGGGAAUGGGAAGAUGGGGAAUGGGGAGAUGGGGAAUGGGGAGAUGGGGAAUGGGGAGAUGGGGUAUGAGGAGGACAUGGAGGUGGAUAUGGAAACAGAAGACAUCGGUGCGGACAUGGGUGCAGGCAUGAGUACGAGCAUGGGCAUGGCCACCUGCAUGGGCACGGGUGCGGGCAUGAGUACUGGCAUGGGUGCGGGCAUGGGUAUGGGCACGGGCACAUGCAUGGGCAGGGGCAGCAAUGAGGAGGAGGACAUGGAUGUGGACAUGGACCUCAGCGACCUUAGCGACUGCCCUCAUGCUCCGCCACCACCUGAAGCGGCAGCAGGUGGGGCGGCAGCAGAGGGGGUUGCAGCAGGUGGGGUGGCAGCAGGUGGGCAUACAUGGGAUGAGGAAGUGGAAGGGGGAGCGGGAGGUGUGGGCGGCAAGAAAGGUGGGGAGCAGGGCAGGGCAGCAGGAGCAGCAGAGGAGGCAGCAUCAGUUGGGGGUAAGGGGGGGGAGAUGAGGGUGACUGACAUAGUGCAGCAUGCCAUGGCACCCUUCCUCUCCAAGCCCCUCACUCGCACCUCACUUCUCCUCUUCACCUCCUCUUCUCCCAUCUUCUCCUCUUCAUCUCCUCCCGCCACUCUUUCUUCAGCUGUCAGGGCGGGAGGUGGAGCGCAUGCGAGGGCGGUUGGUGAGGGAGGUGGUGGGGAAGGAGGCGGUCAAGAGCCGGCAGCGCACCCACCAGGUGAGCUGGCAGCGCACCCACCAGGUGAGCCGGCAGCGCACCCACCAGGUGAGCCGGCAGCGCACCCACCAGGUGAGCCGGCAGCGCACCCACCAGGUGAGCCGGCAGCGCACCCACCAGGUGAGCCGGCAGCGCACCCACCAGGUGAGCCGGCAGCGCACCCACCAGGUGAGCCGGCAGCGCACCCACCAGGUGAGCCGGCAGCGCACCCACCAGGUGAGCCGGCAGCGCACCCACCAGGUGAGCCGGCAGCGCACCCACCAGGUGAGCCGGCAGCGCACCCACCAGGUGAGCCGGCAGCAGCAUGGGCAGCAGGUGAGCAGCGUGCAGCGUGGGCACUAGCUUCUUUAUCCGUCCGCUUAUCUGUUCGCACGCGCGCUGCGCUCCGCGUCGUCGCGGGAAGAGCGGCGGGCGGCAUGUCGGCGAUGUCGGACAACGUGGGGCAGUACGGCCGCAUCGGCACCGUGCCGGUGGCCCAAGGAGCGGAAGUCCCUCUAACGCACCCAGAGUUCCCCUACACGCCUGAGCCAGCAGCCAGCAGGGGAUCAGACACCUUCUCGUCUACCGCAGGAGGGGGGGGUGCGUCCCUGCCGCCGCCCCCGGUGGGCAUCUGGGGCGUGUUCACUGUGGCGUUCUACCGCCCCUUCUUCGAUGUGGACACUGCUGACGUGGCGGAGCGAGUGAGGGACGCGCUCAUGCCCUUCCCGCGCUCCGCCUUCCUCGAAAAGACGGCCCUCAACCCGGACAUCUACGGCCCGUUCUGGAUCUGCACGACGCUCGUGUUCCUGUCCGCUUCGCUGGGCAACCUCGCGAGCUACCUGAGCUACGCUGCCUCGCCGUCGUCAGGCUCAGAGGAGCACUGGCACUACAACAUCGACGCCGUCAGCUGGGCCGCUGCCAUCUUCUACGGCUAUGUGGCCAUAGUGCCGCUGCUGCUCUUCUUCCUCCUGCGCUACCUGCAGGUUUCCGCGGGGUUGGUUCAACUGUGGUGUCUGUAUGGCUACUCACUGGCCGUCUACAUCCCCAUCUCGUUCAUAACGGUGCUGCCGCUGGACCUGCUGCGCUGGCUCAUAGUGCUGGGCGCCACGGCCAUCUCGUGCUUCUUCCUGGGCGUCAACCUGCGCGCGCAGAUCACAGUGGGCCACGAGAUGUGGUUCCCCAUCGUUGUCGGUGCUGUGCUGCUGCAGGCCGGCCUGGGGGUUCUCCUCAAGCUCUACUUCUUCACCUACAUUCAGCUCUAG